CACAGCAUCACGUGCCUUCCUCGCUUCCGUGCGUGCGGCGAAGCCCGUUUACAGGCGCCGCGGGCGCCGGAAAAGUUUGGGUUAUCCGAAGUGCCCGCGGUGUCUGUUCGUGUUAAGCGGAAUUUUUUUACAUAGCGUCUAUGGGAAAACAAACAAAUGUCCGUAAUUUGUUCGGCAUAACCGGAAAUUCGGCUUAAGCGAGUUCGGCUUAACGGGAGCCCACUGUAGUUGUGUCAUGGCCCAUUAGGUUGCUUUUGGUUUGAAGGCAAUGUAAUUACUUUGUGGCAGGAGCCUCGCUUAUAUAUAUAUGUGGUCAAGGUUGUCUGAUACGGCACACAUCCUGUGCUUGUGUGCGCAAUCAAAUGGCUUCCGCAAGGGGAAAUUUUGCUAUUGACAGGUACAUGGUUUGGCUCAUAAGCAUUCGGUGGUCAAAGUGGGCAGUGGAAGAAGGGCUCUUGAGGACCUGUUUAACGCUUGACUCGUGCAAUGAACUUCAUGAGGAACAAUUUACUUGUCUGAGUCAUCAGGAGGGUAGAGGACGGGACAAACAUGCUCCCCUUGAUCAACGGCACGGGUGAACCCGACAAGCUCACCAUGGUGGACGUGUUCAUAGAUGCAGGAUCUGAGCAGACGCUGAAAGAAGGGGCACUCAAAGUACUUAAUGUUGCACGGCCCCAUUGGUCGGCAAAGAGUAUACGCUACAAGCUAUUUACAGAUGGUCUCACAAAUACCCUGUUGGGCUGCUGGGACGAGGAUGACGAAGAGGGGGUUCUGCUACGCAUUUACGGCAGGAAUACGGAGCUCAUUAUUAACAGGUCUGCAGAAGUGGUCAGCAUGCAGCUGUUGCAUGAGCACAAUUUGGCUGCCCCCCUGCACUGUGCCUUCCGCAAUGGCCUUUGUUAUGGAUACAACCCAGGACGUGUGGGAGACGUUGACCUCGUCCGGGAACCCCAUGUCUCCAAGUUGAUCGCUCAGACUUUAGCACGAAUGCAUUCAGUGGCACUGUACUGCGAAGGACCAAACAUUGAGCCCUCUCUGUUCCCGACUAUGCACAAGUACCUGUCCCUCAUGCCCACAGAGUUUGCUGACCUCAAGAAAAACACUAGGUUCCUCAAAUGUAUACCGAACAAGUCUGAGCUCGAACAGGAGGUGAAGCUACUCGAGGAUCAUCUCUCGCAGCUGGGGUCCCCGGUGGUGUUUUGUCAUAAUGACCUACUUUUGAAGAAUUUUAUAUACCAGGAAAAAGAAGACAAAGUGAUAUUCAUAGACUUCGAGUAUGCAAAUAACAACUUCCAGGCAUUGGACAUUGGCAACCACUUUUGCGAGUUUUGUGGGGUCGAUGGCUUCGAUAGCUCCUUGUACCCCGGCCGAGAGUUCCAGCUGAAAUGGCUUUGGCAUUACCUCGAAGAAUGGUACACCCUCACUGGGAAAGGUCCAACAGUUACGGACUUGGAUGUAGAACUCCUCUACGUACAAAUUAACAAGUUCUCCUUGGCGUCGUGCAUGUUCUGGUGCCUCUGGGCUUUGAUUCAAGCAGCACACUCUACAAUCAAGUUUGAUUUUCUGCAAUUUGCAGUAGAACGCCUUACAAUGUAUAAUGAAAAGAAGCAGGAGUUUAUGGAUUUAUCUGUGCCAAAGUCCCAGGGCAAUUCAAGCAACGCUGGAUUUUUGCCCAUAUCCUCUUGUAAUGUUCAUAAAUGAGAACUUUAGUACACCACGAGAUAGUCAUAAUGAUUAACAACAACAGCGCAUUGCCUGUGAUAUUCCUCGACUUCUUAUAUUUGAUAGCUUUAAUCGCUGUUAUAGUUCCUUUAUUGGUGUCUUAAAUUUGUAGCGGUUUCAUGGGCAGGCCAAAUAAGUUAACUCUAAGAAACACCACAGGACACCGUAAGCGAAGGUAAUUGCGGUUCAAAUAGUGAUCGUUGUAUUUCAGAGUUAAGAUGUGUUAAUAGUUGUCUACUAUGGGGAUGAUGGCAGACUGUGGAAAACAUAAUCUCGAAACGGCUUACAAAUGCAUGUGCAAAGUAUUUUUAAAAACUGAGGAGCCCUGUCGGUGAAUCCCGUAUUACCUCUGGUACAUGGGUAAAAUCAAGGUUCUUUUUUACUAUAUUGAGAUUUUAUUACAUAUUUAUUACCAAUUAUGCACAUUCAUUUAGGUUUCUUUGCAUAUACUUAAGAUUUCCUCAGGUGCCUUAAGUGUCACUUUGCACGGGAGAUUAUAUUUUUUAUGCCCGAAACGUGUUUUGUACACACCUUGACAAGCUGUGCAUUUAGUGUUAUCUCCACACGUUGAUAGUCGUAGUAGUAAAAUGACUAUUGUGGUGUUGCAUUGAAAUCCACACAUUCCAAUAAUCCUGCCACUGUUUGAUAGCGCUCUUUGUAUCUAUUGUUCUCAAUAUGAAAUAAGGGAAUAUUUUGCAGCCCGAGAGAUAUAUCAGUCUCGGUUCCGGCUCAAUGGCAUGUGUCUGGUUCAUGUGACAUAUGUCAGUGCAGGGAAUUCAGUUUGAGUGAUAUAUGUGGUUCUGUUGUACAGGUUGCACUAUUUCUCGAUGCACUGAUUUUUGGUUGCGUUAUGCCGAUCCAGCUUUGGUGAUGCGCUUUGGCUGCCACUAUGUGUACUUCUUUGAUCAUGAGAAGAAUGGUUUGAAAGCAAAAAAGCUCAGCUUUUAUAAAGUUGUAAGUCCUUAAUAGCUUUAGUUGUAAUCCCUAAUACAUACAGCAAACUGCCUCGUACCACUGGUCAGUUUUAUAACAGACAUUGAGCUGUCUUUACCUUCUAUGACUUUGAAAAGUGGAUGACAUUAGUUAUGGUGUCUGCAACCAUGGGAAGUGCUUGCCCAAUUGUGCACACAUCAAGUUUUGAGGAUAUGAUAGCCAUGGGUGCCAUUUCAGAGUACUUACAAGAAAGAAAAAAAAGAAACUUAAAGAAUUUUAUACCUAGUAUGUACAUUUACUAUAUCACAUUCCAUGAUAUAACACGUGUAUAGCACGUGUACAGCACAAGCAUUUAAUAUACUGUUAACCCUAUAUGUAAAUGUCCAAAAUUUCUCAGAAAUUGUUCAUAAAUCGUGGUUUUGAAUGACUGAGUGACAGGGAUGGAGAGCGUUAUAAUGAAAGGAUAGCUCUUUGGAACUUGGUUUGACUUGCAUUCCAUUUUCCUACGUUUUGCUUCAGACUAUGGAUGUGGUUUCAUGGGGACACACCCUUUAUGGCGCCAUAUUCAGCAGCUACCACUGUGGUUAUCGUCUCUGUACAAGUUUGAGUUCAAAAUGAUUAGCCCCAUCGAACCCAAGCCAUCAUAAACUUUGGGAUUUCUGAAGGUUGCUCCUGCCUUGGCAGGUAUGCUAUUUAUUCCCAAUUGAUGGCUUUUGUUUUGCUCCUAAAAGUGCUGAGUGUUCAAAGUACAGAAGGAGAUGGAAAUUGAUCUUCUGAGGCUGGAACACAGUAGAAAGGACAAACAUAAGCCUGAAAACCGAAGAACAGUGAAAGAAGGAAGUCACUGAAAAGAUUAGCCAGCUGUAGGACUCGAAUCCACAUCUUCUGGAUUACCAAUCCAGGGCUCUGCCAAUUGAGCUAAGCUGACACCCUUGGAAGUCGUUGGGGACCAGCAAUCCAGAAGAUGUGGGUUUGAGUCCUACAGCUGGCUAACCUUUUGAAUAACUUCCUUCUAUCGUUUACAGAAGGAGGUUUCCUUACCUGUUCUUGCCCCAAGAACCUGGGUCACUGUUUCUGGUACAGUCGGUUUGUUGACCUUUGGCUAACAUAGCUUAAUCUGUUCCAAAUCCUCAAAAUAAUGCUCCAAAUAUCUAUUCACUGUUUGGAAAUAAGGGUUCACAAAAACGAGGGAAUUUGUAAACCUAGGGUUGCAUAUGUGAGGGUUGACAGCAUAUUCUUUUUAGGCAUUUAAGAAAAAAACUAAAUUUGAAUACAUGGGAGAGUCGAGUGUGUUGUUGUUGCGCUAUAACUGUUCCUCUUGUCAGAAUAACUGGAGUGAAUAGAUGUUUAUGAAAUGGGAGGGUACAUGAAUUUUGUGCAAUUUUGCACAAAUUUAUAAUAAAUGAGUUUCACGCAUUAUUUUUCCGCAGUUGGGGGGACGAUGAUAUACUCAAAAUGCAUUUGCAUGCAAAAUGAAAUGGUUUGUUCAUGAGUGGUUCUGGUGUGUGUUCAUUGGUCUUUUGGGGGGAACCAGAUGAGCCAUUUGGUUUCAGCAUAUCGAUUUGUACUUGAGUGGCAGAAUGAAUAAAACUGCUUGUUGGUGGUAA